AAGCGGAGGGGGACAGCGGCGCCGGCUGGGAGCUGAGAGGCUUUGCUGAGCGUCCCGGGGUUUGUGAACCCGGUGAUGGACCCGGGCGGAACAGUUGCGCGGCGGCGGUCGUCGUUGCUGCUGUGGCUACUGCUGCUGUGGUCAGGGCUGGCUCUGGGCGCGCUCCCUUUCGGUAACAGCCCCCGCAGGGUCCUCCAAGACCUCCUGUCGGAGCAGCACUUGCUGGAGGUGGAGGACUUUUCACUGUCCUUGCUGCAGGGUGGAGGGCUGGCGCCGCUGUCGCUCCCUCCCGACCUGCCAGAUCUGGACCCCGAGUGCCGGGAGCUGCUGCUGGACUUCGCCAACAGCAGCGUUGAGCUAACCGGGUGUAUAGUACGCAGCGCCCGGCCCGUGCGCGUCUGUCAGACCUGCUAUUCUCUCUUCCAACAGGUCGCCAACAAGAUGGACAACAUCAGCCGAGCCGUGAGGAAUACUUCAGAAAGUCACAGCUGUGCCAGAAGUCUCUUAAUGGCAGAUCGAGUACAAAUAGUUGUGAUCCUCUCUGAGUUUUUUAGUUCCACAUGGCGGGAAGCAAACUGUGCAAAUUGUUUAACAAACAACAGUCAAGAAUUAUCAAACAGCACAGUGUAUUUCCUUGAGCUGUUUAAUCGUACCUUGACCUGCUUUGAGCAAAACCUUCAGGAAAGUUCACACAGUCUUCUACAGCCAAGAAAUUACUCAGAGGUAUGCAAAAACUGUCUCACAGCAUACAAAACUCUGAGCAGUGUGUACAAUGACAUGCAAAAAAUGAAUGAACUUGAGAAUAAGGCUGAAUCUGGAAAACAUUUGUGCAUUGACGUGGAAGACGCAAUGAACAUUACUCGAAAACUCUGGAGUCGGACUUUCAACUGUUCGGUCCAGUGCAGUGACACGGUGCCUGUAAUUGCUGUUUCUGUGUUCAUGUUCUUCCUGCCUGUUGUUUUCUACCUUAGUAGCUUUCUUCACUCAGAGCAAAAGAAACGCAAACUCAUUCUACCCAAACGCCUCAAGUCCAGUACCAGCAUUGUGAACCUUUAUGAGAAUCCAAACUGAAACCUACAAAAUGGAGAACUGACAUGGUAUGGCAUAGGUGAAUGGUGGAAGAUACAGCUUGGCCAGAAAGAAGAUAAACUGUGAUUUGACAAGUCAAGUUUUUAAGAAAUGCAAGAACUUCAGAUUUAUUUUUAAAUAAGACUUUUCUAUUUUUCUUUGCUUUUCCACCCCUUUUUUUUUUUUUUAAGAGUUUGGUUAUUUUUGAUUUCCAG